CUCGAUCGAAUUCUGGAGGGGAAGCGGCAAUUGCGAAUUCUCGAUAUGCCCACGUCUGUGGCCUUUGCCGCGUGCGAAGGCCAACACGCGGCAAGACGCAAAUGUGUAUGCUUUUGGACUGAUCCUUCUUUGUCGACGAGGGCGCGAGGGCGUCAAGCAUUGGCUAAGGUACCCCAGACCGUCAGGAACGGGAUAGCAGAGACAGUUUCUUUAUGCCAUGAAGCUCGUCUGUCUCGCGUUACACCGGAGGUUGUCAUCCGCGAUUUCGAUGACGAGAGUUGCAAACCCCAUGUAUGGAUGGCUGACGACUCGGUUGAAACUUUCCGCAUCACCCCAUACUUGUCGAAGACACCAUCGACGAGUCCACUUCGACGGGAGGGCGUGGAAAGGCAUGGCCACACGGUGCCUAUCCUCGUGGUUCUGAAAGGACAUGCGACAGGUGAGGCUCGUGGCGUCCCAACGAGGCAUCCCACGGGGGGCAUCCCACGGGGGGCGUAUUCCUCGUUGAUAUUCGUAUGCUUCAUAUGCAGAUAUCCGUAUAACGAAACGCCCAUCCAUCCUGAACGGAGCUCUCCAGAAGAGACAAGUGGGAUGUGCCGGAUGGGGAAUAGAGCUCAGAAAGGAGCUUGCCCGGCUAAGCUCGAAAAUGCCCAGACCAGGGUAGCAAAAGAGACACUACCUCUCAUGCUUUGUGAUGUCGAUACUAUCAAGUGAUAGGAUUUGGAGAAAUCGUCGCACUGGGGAUAGUCCGUAUGGGUAGGUAAUUGAGGCAAGCUGCGACAGAGCCAUAGUCAGGGCCGAAGAGGAGGCGAAAGCUGGCGAAGUGACACAUUGUGGUCGAAUGAAGUUGGAAUUUGAUUAAAGUAAACUGGAACGGAACAAGGUUGACUGCGAGUUGGCCCGUGAGGCCAAGGGUUUGUGCAGUUUGUGCAGUGCAACGGCAGGCAGGGAUCGCCAUCAAGAUCCAAGAUCGUCCCUUCCUUCCUUGUCCUGCUCAGAUGGAUGAGCUAAGGUGAACAAGUGCAGGUGCAGGUGAGAUCUGGACCACCUCACCUCACCUCAGAAAGGGAAGAGCUCGGUGAAGAAACGAACCGGAGCGCCUUGACGCCACGCAAAGUACCCCAGCAGCCACCAACGAGGCAGUUCCUGCCCGAGGGAAUGGAAAGGAACCUGGAUGGCAAUUCCGGCACAGGUAGC